ACUUGUUCCAAGAUGCAGUUCCACACUCCCGAGUUCCCUAGUUACUGUCUCCAAGCACUGGAGUUGGGGUUUGCAGGAAGGGAUUAAGGCUCAUCAAAGUUUUGGCUUUGUUGCAAAAGCAAGUCAAGACUUAACUUUUCUCUGGUAAACAAGUAUGCAGAUUGUGACAUAUGUCGGUCCAAGAAAUAAAUAAACAUGCAGUUCUCCCUCCUAUCAUUAGUAGAAGUGACAAGGAAUUUUUGGAAAGUAUGCAAAGAUACAUCAUGACAGAAACUGAAAGAGUGGGCUGUAAUGAGAAAGGACCUGCCGAUGAAUAUUACAUCAUAUACCGAAACGUUUUUGAUAAGGUAAUAGAAUAUGUCACUGCAUACAAAUCCAUUCUUACUUCAAUCAAAAAAGAAUAUGAUGCCUUUAUUGAGACAAUAAAGAAAAGCCAAAGAACAGCAUUUCAUCUUCAUGGAAAACUUAAAGUUUUGGCAGCAGAGCCCACAGCGUUGGUAUAUCACAGGAAAAGAAUCUCCCAACUUGAAGCAAAAAUAAGGGUUUUUGAAAAUGAUUCUUCAAAAAUUCAACUGCAAAUAGAGAAAAUGAAACAACUUAGGGCAGAGUAUGACACGAAAGAAGUAAAAUAUUGUACUUUCUCCAAAGAUCCUUCGAAACCUAUUCCAGGCAUGACUCUCCAAGAAUCCGUCAAUUUAGAUGAUCUCACGAAAUACCUGAAACAUCUCGAAGAUAAAUAUGCUGAAAUUAAACAAGUUAUGUCAGAAAAAUAUGUACCAGCUCAGAGGAAGGCUGAUUUAGAUGAGGAAAUGGUUGUGAUAUUAAAACGGCGAGAUGUAGCUGAAACUCUGAACAAAGAAUUACAGUUUCGUUUUCAAAGACUGCAGAUUAUUUUGUAUGCACUUACUUCAUGGGUAAAAUCUGAUAGGAGCUGCUCAUUUCAAGACUUCGUGAAGCAAAUUGAGAAAACUAAAGAUUUACACGGUGACCAAGGCAUUGUUGAAGAACUAUAUGAAGAUGAUCCAGGCAAGGCAAAAGAAGCUGAAAUUUUUCUUCACUACAUUGAAAGGUUCAAUGAAUUAAUCUCACUUGGUGAAUAUGAAAAGGCAGCUUGUUUUGCAGCGAACAGUCCUAGAAGAAUUCUUCAAAACAUUGGGACAAUGAAUAAAUUUAAGGCUGUUGGAAAAAUUAGAGGAAAGCCUUCUCCAUUACUCUUAUUUUUUGAGGCUAUCUUUAGCACAAGUCGUGCUCAUAAACGUCCUAUUAAUGCAGAACUAACCCUGGAAGGAAUCAAAUGUGGAUUAUCUGAAAAACGUUUAGAUUUAGUUAUCAAUUGGAUCACCCAGGAAAGGCUCACAUUUUCUGAGGAGGCUGGGGAUGUGAUUUGUGAUUAUGGGGAGAAGAAGACUUAUUACAAGGCCAAGUGCCUGGCUUUAGCUCAAACUAUCUACAGUGAAUGUGGCCUGCACAACAAAGCUCUUCUUUGCCUGUGUAAACAGGGUCAGAUUCAUGCGGCCAUGGAAUACAUACAACAGUUUACUGCCUUUCCUGCCAAUGACCUGAUGCAGCUAAUAAAGUUAUUUCCCCACAUUGAAUUAAUUCAGUAUCUCACUAGAGAAAGGGAUGGGAAACCACCAUUUUUAUCUUUUGGUCUUGUUAUACUUCAUCUGUUCUCUGUAGAUAUGAAAAAAGUUGGCAUUAAGCUACUUCAAGAAAUAAAUAAAGAUGCAAUCGAACAUCUUAUGAUAAAUGAUCCAUUUUGCUCCCUAGAAAAGUGGCAAGAAGUGGCAAAUGUAUGUUUACAGAAUGGCUUUGGCAGGUUAUCUAAUGACAUCAUGUCCAUUCUUCGAUCUCAGGCUGGAGUUACAGAAAUUCCUGAAGAGGAUGAUACAGUCAACUUAAUGCAACAUGUGUUUUGGUAGUUCUGUGUCUUAGCCAGUUGA